AUGGAUCUCGCCUACGACCUUAUUCAGGAGAACGCGUACCCGCAAGACAGGAAGGAGUCGAACGAAACGCCCAAGCCAGAGCAGCAGGAGUCGUCCCUGAACAGUGACUUACAAGAUGCAUACAAGGCUAUUUCGUCAAGCCCCUGGGGUAUGAAGAUUGGCGGAUUUUGGGGAAAUGUUAUGAAACAGGGCGAGACAGUGUACGCGCAGGCUCAGAAAGAGCUCGCCGAGGUGGGCGAAGACGCCACCAGGGGCUUUACCGAUCUUCGCGAAACAAUAUUGAACCGAACCCGAUCACUAUCCGUUAAUACUGCUACUGCAACGUCAACAGAUGGAGCCAAGGAAGGAAACGACACACAACCAACCCCAACAGAGACGAAAGCUACCGCAUCCGACGGAGUUGGUGAACAAUCCGAGACUGUUCUGUCACGAAUACGCACCGAAGCUGCUAAGCGUCUCAAAGACUUACAACAAGCUGAAGAUGCCGCUGAUGAGGCGUUGCUACGAUUUGGCGGCAACAUUCGAAACUUUCUGAGGGAUGCCAUCAGCGUCGCCCCACCUGACGAGUCAUCCCAAGAUAGCACGGUUCUUUUUGAAAGCAAGGAUGCGCAAGGUAAACGGGUUAUCCACACCUCUCGGCCUGAUGCUCAGAUGCACGUUAUCCAUACCUCUGUUGAUGGCUUUGCCAACGACCCUAUCAGUGAUGAGUAUGAGAAGUGGACGAGAGAAUUUGAUGUUGAGAAGAAGACGGAUGAUAUCAGCGGUGAUCUUGCCAAGUACCCUGAGCUGAGAACCACAAUGGAGAAACUUGUGCCGGAUCAGGUCUCCUAUGCCGACUUCUGGAAGCGAUACUAUUUCUUGAGACAUGGCAUAGAAACUGCAGAGUCGAGACGGCGGGAUCUGCUUAAAGCCGCCUCCGCUGAUGAUGAGGUUGGGUGGGGCGACGAUUCUGACGAAGAAGUCGAGGAAGCAGAGAAGAAGACCCCUGACCAAAAGCCCAGCUCCGGAGCGUCAUCCAUCACUAUCCAGCGGUCUGAUGGCCGUGAAAAUGCUACCGAAGCUCGCAAGUCCAACGACGAGAAGUCACAAGCCGAUAGUGAGGCGAGUUAUGACGUCGUCGGAGCCCAUUCCGGGAAGACAAGCCAGGCUCCAAACAGCCCCAAAGUCUUUAAACAAGGGGAUGACAGUGACGAAGACUGGGAGUAA